GUAAAAAUCAGGGGAAGAAGAAGAAGAAGUGGCGUUGAAGGUGGAAAGAAAUUGGUGGAAAAAAUUGGUUGUGGUGCAAUAGGAGGUGGUUGCUUGUGAUCCGUCGGUUGUUUUGAUGCCCUCAGAUGAUGGCGACGAUAAAUCUGAACCCUAAGAAGAGCCCAACACUGCUGGAGAAUCAAUCUGGGAAGCAGUGGGUGAAGCUCAAUGUGGGUGGAACGUGCUUUCUCACCACGAAAACAACCCUCUCGCGCGAUCCCAGCUCCUUCCUCUUCAGGCUCAUCCAGGAGGACAGCGACUUGAUCUCCGACAGGGAUGAGACUGGCGCUUACCUCAUCGACAGGGACCCGCGGUACUUCGCCCCUGUUCUCAACUACUUGCGCCACGGCAAGCUGAUCCUGGACGGCCUGUCUGAGGAGGGCGUGCUGGAGGAGGCGGAAUUCUACAAUGUGACGCCCUUGAUCAGUCUCUUGCGGGAGAGCAUCUCGCGCAGAGACUCCAGACCUGCCUUAGAUAAGAAGAAAGUCUACAGAGUGCUCCAGUGCCAGGAGAAUGAACUGACCCAGCUCGUGUCCACGAUGUCGGAUGGGUGGCGUUUCGAGCAGCUGGUGAACAUCGGGACGCAGUACAACUACGGCUCGGAGGAGAAUGCCGAGUUCCUGUGCGUGGUGUCGAAGGAGUGCUUAAGUCCGCUGGUUGGGCGGGAGCAGGAGUCCAAUGACAGGGCGAAGGUGCUGCAGCAGAAGGGCUCUCGAAUGUAAUACUCUCUCUCUCUAUCUCUCGCCCGACGAUUUUGCCUCUCACGCGCACACACGUGACGAACAAAAACAAGGACCUCUGCAACCGUAUUAGAGCACACAGUCUUGCCAGGAGCGCCGACCGAGGGAAAGGGGAUGGAGAUUGCCAAGGGAUGUUUAGAGGCAGAAGAGAGUCGCAAAGGAUGUGGUUUGAUCAUAUUGGGAGAGCGCAUUUGGAACCAUUGCAAUUGAUCACAUCAUUUUAUUUCCCCUGAGAUGUUGCAGACACAAGACAUCUCAGAAACCCAGAGAGAAAAACCCACAAGAACAUACGAUUUAAGGUUAUACAAGAGAUGUUUACUUUUAAAAUGAAUAAUCUAGUGUUUAGAGGCGGAGGUAAAAUCGUUGUGUUGACUUUAUGGUUGAUAAAGUGUACUAUAUUAAAAAUAGAGGAAGUUAAAUUCCACCUAAACAAUGCACCGAAAAUCAUUUGAUGAAUAAAAUAGAAAUAAACUGAUGAAGAGAUUCGGUCCAGAAGAAGAAGAAAAAAACAGAGUCUUGUUCUGCCAAAACACUCUUAUUUGUAAAACGCGAUGCAAAACCUGUGUUUUAAGUUCACGAUGAAAGUCGAUUUUGUAAAAAAAAAUAUGUACGUUUCAAUAGAAAUUACAAGACAAACAUUACAAAUAAAAAAGGAGGUU